CCCUCUCACAACAAUUCACGACUUCAACAUGACUUCAAUAGCAGCUUCUCUUACACGGGCACUUCCCAAGCCGAAAUAUACUGGCGAAGAAGAAGAGAUCCCACAACAUGCGCAGCAGCGAGGGCCACGAAUCCUUGGAGCUGGAGCCCUCGACGACACUCAAAUCGUGUUGAAGAAAUCCGGCCCUCCUCCAUACGGUAAUAGAGCAGGAUGGCGACCGCGAGGCCAAGAAGACUUUGGAGAUGGCGGCGCGUUCCCUGAGAUUCCAGUUGCGCAAUACCCAUUAGACAUGGGUCGAAAAUCGCAAUCUACCAGUACAGCUCUAGCGGUUCAAGUCGACGCCGAAGGGAAGGUCAAAUAUGAUGCUAUUGCGAGACAAGGACAUAACGAUAAGCGGAUCGUACAUGCUUCGUUUAAGGAUCUUAUUCCAUUACGACAACGUGCUGAUGCGGGACAUAUCAAUCUUGAUCGACCGAGCGAGGAAGAGGUUGCUGCUUCGACGCAAAAGACGAAAGAUGCGCUUGCCAAGCUGGUUAGUGGUGCGGUCGCAGCGCAGAAACCGAAGAAUGUCAAUGUGGGCACGAGAAAGGAUCCUACGUACGUGAGGUACACGCCUGCGAAUCAGAUGGGAGAUAACACCCGGAAGAACGACCGGAUUAUGAAGAUCGUGGAGAGGCAGCAAGAUCCUAUGGAACCGCCGAAAUUCAAGCAUAAGAAGAUUCCGAGAGGACCACCUAGUCCUCCGCCACCAGUUAUGCACUCUCCACCGAGGAAAUUGACGGCUGAGGAUCAGGAGGCGUGGAAAAUUCCACCGCCGGUUAGCAAUUGGAAGAAUCCUAAGGGUUAUACGGUGCCGCUGGAUAAGCGGUUGGCAGCUGAUGGGAGAGGGUUGCAGGAUGUUACUAUUAAUGAUAAAUUUGCGCAGUUUGCGGAGGCGCUGUUUACUGCUGAUCGACAUGCGAGAGAGGAGGUCAAGCAGAGAGCGUUGAUGCAGCAAAGGUUAGCCGAGAAGGAGAAGUCACAGAAAGAGGAACAUCUCAGAAUGUUGGCCCAGAAAGCGAGAGAAGAGAGAGCUGGCGCCGGCGCUGUACGGAGAGCUUCGAGAUCCUCCAGGUCGAGAUCAGGCAGCUAUAGCGAGUCCGAGUCUGAAAGAUCUGGAAGUGACGAUGAGGAAGUCCGAGAAAGAGAAAAGAUGCGAGCUGAGAAACGACGAGAAGAAGAGCGGAAAUUACGGCAAUCGAGAAUGGGUGCCGAGCGAAGAGUGCAAAUGAUGGCUCGAGAACAGAACCGAGACAUUUCCGAGAAAGUUGCACUGGGUUUGGCGAAACCAACCGCUUCAUCUGAGAGCAUGUUUGAUUCUCGACUUUUCAAUAGGACGAGUGGUUUCGAUUCGGGCUUCAAUGAAGAUCAGGCUUAUGAUAAGCCGUUGUUCGCUGCUCAGGAUGCGGUCAAUUCUAUCUAUCGUCCCAGACAUAACAUGGACGAUGGAGAUGACGAGGAAGCAGCUGAUGCCGAAAUGGGCAAGAUUCAGAAAAGCAGUCGAUUUGCAGAGGCGUUGGGGAAGGGGACGUUUAAGGGGAGUGCUGAUGUUGAGGCGAGAGAAGGACCAGUGCAGUUUGAGAAAGAUGUCGCGGACCCGUUCAACGUGGACUCUUUUCUCAAUAAUCUGGGCGAGGGAUCGGGAAGUGGGGCUGGGAAAAGGGGGUAUGGGUUGCAGGAUGGAGAGGAGGAGGAGAGGGGGAAGAAGAGGGCGAGGGUUGAUGAGGAUGAGGAUUGAACGGAUGUGCUUUGGGAGUUUGUAUAAAUAUGUUGUUAAGAAGAAG